AUGGCACUGGAUGUGCUUGGUGAUAGUAAAGAGCAAGUAGAUGCCUCAGGAGGAGCACAAGGAGGAGGGAGGGGUGUGAAACCGGAUGUCUAUUCAUUCAGUGUGCUGCUGGGGGCGUAUGCGAGGGAGGGUGAUUGGAGGAGGGCGGAGGCGGCAUGGGGUGACAUGGAGGCUUGUGGUGUGGAGGGCAGUGACGUGGCUGCAUGCAAGCCCACCAUUCAAAAGGGGCGAAAGGGGUCGCUCAGCGGCAGUGCGUUGGAGUUUGCGAGUGUGACGGCCAUGCGAGCAGCUGCAGCAGGCAGGGCGCCAUGGGCCGUGGUGAAAGGGGUGUUCUGUGGCUUGUGCGACAAGAUGGGGGCACACAAUGUUUCGGUGAGUGGGAAUGAUGGUCCGGUACGGGCGUUGAGCGAGUGUCUCCACGCGUGCCAGCUCGCGCUGUCACCUCCUCCCCUUCCCCAUCACCCCCGCCCCUUCCGCUGUCAGAGCCACUACGGCCCCGUGAACCCAAAGUGUCCUUACCCCCCGCCUCAACCGCCCCAUGCGUGCAGCUGGCGCUGCCACCAUCUCUCCUCCCAUCACUCCCUCAUCUUUCCGUGCCAUUGCCCCUACUGCCGCAAUGACCCCCCCUGGUGGUACCUGCAGCUCCGGGCAUUCAAUGAGUAUCUCCACGUGUGCCAGCUGGCGCUGAUGCCCGCAGCCGCCCUCCCUGAGAUGAUUGCCGGGCUCCGGUGGAUAGCACAGGCCGUCACUGUUGAUGGUGGUGAUAGUAACGGUGGCACUGUUCAUGGUGGUGCGCUGCACAUACUGCCGGACGCCGCCACCCUCAACACGCUGAUGCUGGCAAUGAGACGAGCCAACCGGGCGGCAGCAGGACUACUGCUGUAUGACCUGCUGACAGGGAGGGAGGAGGAGGAGGGAAGCAUAGAGAGGGAGGUGUUGGUGAGGGGGAAGGGGGAUGGAAAGAGAGAUGUGGAGUUGCUGAAAGGGGGUGAUGGUGAGGGCAGCGAGGGGGGUGGAGGGGAGAGGGAGGGGAAGAGGAGUGGCGGGUUGACUGGUUUGACUUUGGGAGACUGGGCUGAAUUCGGGCGAACAGGCCGGCUGCUGAUGCUGGAGAGGCAGCUUCAAGGAAUUGAAAAGAGGAAGGGAGAGAAAAGGGACACAGGGGACUGUCCGGGAGAGAAGGGAGCGAGGAAGGUUCAGAGGGCUUGGGAAGAGGAGGAGAGGGGAGUGAGAGAGCUGCUGGGGAUGCUUGAAGCAGCUCGAGUAGUGACUCGUGAGUCAACCCGUAAGAAUGAAGCAGCAGCAGCAGCGCAAGGCUACAAGGUGACUUUUGAGUCAACUCAAAAGUCACCUCGUGCAGUGACUCGUGAGUCAACUCGGAAGGUUAGAGCAGCAGCACGGCAAGGCUACAGAGGGGGGAGUGUUGAUAGCGGCAGUGGUGGCAGCAGUGCCAGCAGUGUCAGGGGUAAUUGUGCUUAUAACGGGGAUCUGCCAGAAGGCGUUGACUGGCAGAGAAGAGUGUGUGUCAAGCCGGACUGUGUGACUGUAACGGAGGUGAUUCUAGCGAAGGUGGCGCUAGGCCAGGAUGAAGGCGCGUUGGAGGUGUUUUGGGGAGCUGUGGGUGGAAGGGAAGGGGGGGGUGGGUGGGGGAGGAGGAAGGGGAAGCAGGGGCAAAAUGGGAGAAAUUGCCGUUCCACCCAAAGUGCCUUCUUGGUCGACUCAGUCAACUCGGUCAACUUGGUCAAGCAAGAGGGCAGUGAAGGCGGAUGCACACAUGUGCAGCGCUUCUCUGAGUGCGUGCAGGCGGAGAGGCCUGUG